CACACCAUCAACACCAAAAACUAGCAGUACGAUUGCUUUCCUCCUCCCCCCCCCCAGCCUCUCUAAUAACCGGCUUAGUCAUAUAACUGAAGCUGCAAGCGGAGGAUGACAAGAGAAGCUAAUAUACCCUCACCGAGACACCAUCAUCAUAUCUUGUUUUCGGAAUUAAAUACCACUGGAUGAGAAACAAGACAAAGCUACGAGAAAAUCAGUGAGAGACCCUAUAUAUAUAUAUACACUCACUCACUCACAAACACGCACACACACACACACACGCAGACAUACACACACACACACACACAACACACACACACACAUACACACACACACGCACGCACACACACACACACACGUACAGAAAUAUAUUCUAUGAAACUGAACCAAAUUUUUUCGAAACGAAGAUGUGGAUACGGAAGCACAAACGUUGCAUCGAUUUCUUUGACUGAUACCAUUCCAUGUGCCUUCUAUCUGACUGACAUUGCAACAUGCAAGUGUGGAGAACGAGAAUAUUUUCAAAAGAGGUAGCAGACAGCUGUAAUCACACCAAUGAACUGCAAUUCCUCCAAAUAGCCUGGAAACGAAAGGAAAAUACGAACGAGGAAUAUUUCCAGAAAGAAAUGAGGCUGCGAUCGGUCCUAUAACAUUCCUCCUCUACAUUAAAAGAAAACGGAGAAAAGAGUAUAUUCAGGAAGCUGCCAUAAAUAUGGUGCUAUGAACUAUAUUUUUCUGGGUGUUUAUUGUUGUUGUUUUUUUUACAAGUACAGCAUUUCCCUCAGCUGCUGAACACGUUGUACAGUAACAUUCUUCCAUCUUUUCACCAACUUGCCUCAAUCAAGGUCAGUUUCAUCAUUACCCCCAUCCACUACCUGCCCAGUGAAUAAAUUUGAAUUUUUAUUGAAAACUGCUGCCAUUCCUCGAUUCUUCAGUGACAUUUCAGCUGGGCUAUGCUAUGAUUCUCAUUUCCUUUGUUCAUUUUUUUAAUUAUUCAUAUUGAUCAGCUGUGCUAUAGUUACCUUCCCUAAAAUGUUCAUUUGCAAAAUGAAUAACCGAUGUACUAAGAGGAUCGGUAUCUCCCUUAUCCUACUGAUUGUAAUUUAUUCAGCAUAUUCGGUAUUGAAAUUCCCUGACCCUCAAUUUAUGAAGAGCGAUAUUGACGUUAAAUGUCACUUACCAAACAUUGACCCUUACGAUAAAGCUAUUAUUAAUUAUGUAUUCCACCCAGAACCGUUGCAUUGCUCUCUCAAAGCCGACUUAACCUUCUUUAAUAAGAAGGGUUUACUACAACUUAAUGAAACGGCUGCCAAAGAAUCUGGUUUCUCUAUAGCAACAUUAAACUGUAGUUACCAGGGUGUGUAUCGAACUCACAAAGACGAUGAUCAUGUGGAUUUCAAGAAACCAGUUUGGAUUCAAUUACCUGCUGAUGUACCUGAAGAUUUUUUCCUUAUCAUCUGCCAAGACAUUAACCGGCGCUCAUUUACCCAUCUUCAUGCUCAUGUUUCGCAGAAAACCUUUCAGAAAAUGAAACUACCCUCUCACUGUCCCCAAGCACCAUACAAUGUUUUAAUUUUUGGGAUUGAUUCUCUUUCAAGAUUAAAUGCAUUAAGGAAACUUCCCAAAACAUAUAAAUAUUUAACUGAAACUCUGGGAGGCUUUGCCUUUAAAGGCUACACUAAAGUCGGUGAAAAUACAUUCCCAAACUUGAUACCAUUACUGACAGGGAAAUACACAUACGAACUUCAUAAAACCCCAGUGGGAAGCAAUUUUUUUGACGGCUACCCAUUGUUGUGGAAGAAUUUUUCAAAAUGCCAGUAUGCUACAAUGUUUUCGGAGGAUGCACCCAUCAUUUCUUUAUUCAAUUACCUCGAUAAGGGAUUUCUUAAACAACCAACUGACCACUACAUGCGGCCAUUUUGGUUAUCUUUUGAGUCUGUUCAUCCAGUAAAAACCAUGUUGGGUCCUGUGUGGCUUGCUUUGGAAAAUAAAAGAGUCCGUCUGGGAAAAGUUUCAAACUUAUGCCAUGGUGGUAGUCCAAAACAUAUGUUAAUAGUAAAUUAUUUCCUCAGUUUCAUUCGCCGUUACUAUCACCAAAUGCCUCUCUUUGGACUUUCCUGGAUCACGGAAAUCAGUCAUGAUUAUUUAAACAUGAUUGAAGUAGCAGACAAUGACUUCUUUGAGUUUUUUAAAGUUCUCAAUUCCGAAGGCUUUUUAAAUAAUAGUUUUCUUUUCUUCAUGAGCGAUCAUGGACAUAGAUUUGACUGGUUUCGGCGAACACUUAUUGGACGCAUUGAAGAUAAAAUGCCAUUAUUUAUUCUGAAAGUACCAGAAAAAUUUAAACGCAAACAUCCAAAAAUUGUAAGUAAUCUUCAACAAAACAGUGAAUACUUAACGUCACCUUUUGACACGCAUGAAACACUUAAAGAUAUUUUGUAUGGUACUUUUAAAUCCCAUCCAAAGACAUCUAGAAGCAACAAUCAAAUUUUCCAACCAAUUAGUUUAUUUGAAGCAAUUUCAAACACAAGAACAUGCGCGCAAGCAGGAAUACCACAACAGUUUUGCGCAUGCUACAAAACAACAGACAUUGAUCCCAAGGAAGCAAUUGUUUCGGAUCUUUCAAAAUACAUGUUAAAAUCUGUCAAUUCAUUGACCGAAAAGUUUCGCAAAAUAUGUGCUAAAUUUAAUUUUCUUACUGUAUUAAAUGUACAAAAACAAAGUCCAUCGGGAUCACUAAAAAUUAAAACGAAUCCAAAACUAUUAGGUUUUCAACUGAAGUAUGAGGAUCCACUUGGAUUAUAUAUUAUUUCAAUGAAAGUUACUCCCAGUGAUGCUAUUUUUGAAGCAAUGGUCAACGUUCGUACUGUGAAUUCUAUGGAGAUACUUGGGGAUAUUUAUCGGAUUAACCGUUAUGGUAAUCAAUCAUUUUGCGUGAACGAAAGGAGCCUGAAACCUUAUUGUUAUUGUAUUUGAUAUUUUUUUAUUAAUAGAUUGAUACUUUUAAUGUGUUUGGAAAUUGAUAUAAUUAAUUCAGUCUCCCUC